AUGGCGGACGCGGCAUCCACAUCAACGCCAGCCGCAGCGGCCCCGCCCGCCGGCGCUGCUGCACCCACAGAGCCCACCGGCCCCCGCGACAUCUCCCGCGAUGGCGCCAAGAUCGCCGACAUGGAAUACUACGAUCUUCUUGGUGUCCGUGGCGACGCUUCCGAUCUCGAUCUCAAAAAGGCGUACCGCAAAGCGGCCAUCAAGAACCACCCGGACAAGGGUGGUGACGAGGAAACCUUCAAGAUGAUCGGCGAAGCCUACCGCGUCCUCUCCGACAACCACCUGCGCGCCGACUACGACAAGUACGGCAAGAAGAAGCCGACCGACGAAGUGGGGCUCAAGGAGGCCACCGACAUGUUUGGCAGUCUCUUUGGCGGCGAGCGCUUCGUCGACCUCAUCGGCGAGAUCAGCCUGAUCAAGGACUUUGGCAAGGCGAGCGAGAUCAUGAUGACCGAAGAGGAAAAGGAGGAGCUCGAGGCGCAGAUGAAGGCCGAGCACAAGAAGGUCAACCCCACAGAGGGGCCCGCGGCGGUCGAUGCGACCAAGACCACCGAUCUGCCCGCAGAGGCUGCUACCGCCGGCGAUGCUGCUGCGCGAAAAGCCGCCGAGGCCGGUGCAUCACCCGAAGAGGUCGCCGAGGUCAAAAAGAAGGAGGACGCAAAGCAGAAGCAGAAGCUCACACCGGAACAGAAGGCCCAGCUCGAAGCACUCGAGAAGGAGAAAGAGGAAAACGAGCGCAAGCGCGUCGAAGAGCUCUCCGAGAAGCUCAAGGAGCGCAUCCGACCCUUUGUCGACGCCCGCAAGCCGGGCGACAAGGACGACUCGCAGACUCAAAUCUUCGAGCGCAAGAUGAAGGAGGAGGCAGAGGACCUCAAGCUCGAAUCGUUCGGCGUCGAGUUGCUCCAUGCCAUUGGCAACAUUUACGUCAUGAAGGCCACCACGUUCAUCAAGACCAAGAAGCACAGCAUGCUCGGGUUUGGCGGCUUCAUGGGCCGCAUGAAGGAACGCGGUGCCGUGGUCAAGGAGACGUGGGGCAUGCUCGGGUCGGCGCUCAACGUCAAGGCGUCCAUGGACGAGCUAGCGCGGAGACAGGAGAAGGGCGAGAUCCCCGAAGACGAGCUGCGCGCGCUCGAACAGGACAUGAGCGGCAAGAUGCUGCUCGCGACGUGGAGGGGUACACGCUUCGAGAUCUCGGGCAUCCUCAGGCAGGUCUGCGACAAGGUGCUCCACGAAAAGGGCGUGGGAGAUAAGGUGCUAUUCAACCGCGCACAGGCGAUCCUGUUCCUUGGCAUGAUCUACAAGUCGGUCCAGCCGGACGAGAGCGAUGACGAGCGAAGGGAGUUGGAGAGGCUCGUCGCAGACGCCGCUGGUAAGAACAAGAAGAAGGGCAAGAAGGACACGAAGAAGUUUGGCGGCGCGACUACACCCACCACCGGUGCGGCCGCUUCCGCCUCGACUUGA